AAUUUCAAUCCUUAAAGUACAGCAUUCUGUCUCUGUCCAGCUUGCAGCCAUGUGGCUGGCCCUUCUCCUCCUGCUGUGGCUGAGCCCUGUGACCCCAAAGCACAAGACAGGAAGUUGUUCCCAACCUCAGUCUCUCUGCUGCCUUGGAACUGAUCACCGCUGCAGGAGAGGAAGCUGCUACUGUGAUGAAUUCUGCCAUGUGGUACCAGACUGCUGCCCAGACUACCGCUCCCUCUGCGACCCUGCUUCUCAAACUGCCAAGAUGGUGCUACAGAUGGUGCUGAGUAUGAAGAGUCCACAUGGCCCCCCCAGAAGCAAUCUAGACUGGGUGAAGAAUAUGGUUCAUCAGCUUCUCCAAACCAGCCCUGUGGGAAGGCCAUUGUCCAUGGCUGUGAAAGGAAUUAAGAAGAGAGCCUGACUCCUCUCCAAGGCUGUUCUUCCAUCCAUCCUACUCCCGUGAUCUGCCCUGGAGCACACGUCACCUGACCUUACCUGGGCCUUCCUGGGCCAGGACAGAGGGGACUGAGUGUUUGUCCUCAGCUGCCGUUUUGUAUACUUCCUUGUUGGUUUAUACAAUGGAAAACUGAAA